AUGACACACUCGCAUACAUUACAUGACACGACUGCCGUUCACGUUUUCUGGGAUCUCCGCGCAUUCGCAAACCACAACAAAUCUCUCCACUGUCAUGGAUACCUCCCCUUGUUCACGGCCUGGAGCGUCUCGUCUCGCAGACGAUUCUCUCGACACCCAUUGCUAGCGGAAACAACCACCAAGGUCUCCGAUUCCAUCCACGCGGGCAACCAGGGGAUUGCUAAUAAACGUGAUUUUCCAGCGACGACAAAAGGGGACAUCUUGAUCCUAUCAACGAUUACAGGUGCCCAUCAGUCACAGGCAGAGCACUCAGACGCCGAUGUCGUGCGGAUGCUACGGGUUAACAGAGACGCACCGGAGAGCUUAACACGAUAUAAACGUGAUCUUACCCAAAACAGUUGUUGA